CACACAGCGCGGAUGAGUUGCAGCACAUGACUAGUGCUCUGGCUUCAACAGCGGCCAAAUUCGGCCUCACCAUCAACACAAGCAAAACUGUCUGUCACUUUCAGACUUCACCGGAGGUGCAGACUUCAGUAUUGCCGCGAAUCAGCAUUGGUGCUGAGGUAUUGGAAAGCACCUCCCGCUUCUGCUACCUUGUAAUUGUGGUAUCGACUGAUCAGCAGUGAGCUUCGUAUCCGCGUGUCGAAGGCAGCGGCGGCAUUCGGGAAGGAUGAGUACCGAGUGUGGAACAACCAUCGGCUGACCAUCACCAAACUGAUGGUGUACAAAUCCAUGGUGCUGUCCGUUCUUCUAUAUGGCAGUGAAACGGAUGAUGUCCGGUGGGAUGUGCGAUACCUCGAGCGGUUCCAUCAGCAGUGUUUGCGACGGAUUUUGUGCAUCGGUUGGGGGGACAGAGUUGCUGACACGGAAGUGUUACGCCAAAGUGAAUGUAUGCAGUGGACUGCAUACUUUUGCUGAGACAUCUGCGGUGACUUGGUCAUGUGAGCCGUGUGGAUUCAACGCGGAUAGCGAAACGACUAUUAUGUGGUCAGCUGAGUAUUUGGAAGCGGCAUGUGGGGAAACCAAACAGAUGUUACCAGGACAUGAUCAAAGUGAGCCUGUUCCGUUCUAAUUUUGAUUGCUGGUCAUGGGAAUCGAAGGCGAAUGAUCGGCGUGCAUGGCGCGGUCUAAUCACGUAGACAGUUACCGAAGUGCGGGAAAAAGACCUCAUACAUGCAGAGAAGAAGCGGCAUGUGCGGGAUCGGCAAGCACCGAUGGGUUGUACUCCAUCGACAUCAAGCGCAUGGUACUGUAGCACAUGCGGUCGCGAGUGCCUGAGUCAGGCAGGCUUAGUGAGCCAUGAGCGAGGCCACUCGGGACCACUACCGAAGCGACGACGGGUCUUGCAGAGAACGUAGGCAUAACCGGCGCAGCGUUUGUAGGCGCGCUGCAUUCGAUUUACUAACCGCUUGCUUGCAUGCAAAGUCUAUUUAUUUCAGGUGUCUUAUCCUCCCUGCUCUCAUUUGAAACGAAAUGAAUCCUUCUGAAUUGGAGUUUUUGGCAGAUGAUGAACCCAUACAAUCCAUACCCCGAUUCAAAAUGGAAGCCAUCCAGUUAUUUCCUUAUUCAGUCGGCCCGUUCUUUCCCAAUGUUGUGAUCACAACUCCGAUGUGGGUCGCCUUGUUUCUAAGGCAACAACAAAAAUGCCGCAUCAUUCCACCUGAUUGGCUGACUGUUGAGAAAUUAAGUGACUGCAAGGAAGCCGAAGAAUCGGAAUCUGGUUGCACUCAGCCUCCUCAUCGCCAGUACAUGGAGUUAGCAAAUCUAUUGCUGCAACAUGCUCCCGAGGACUUACAAAAGUAUGUAAGUUGAAGAAUUCGACGCCUAUUCGUCACACGCUUUGAUCCCUCACAUCUGCUAGGACAAUGCGAUGCUACGUAUCCUCCACACGUCGAUCGAUUAAUCAAAGUUUGCUUGGCUAAUCAUCAGCAGACAUUUUAGUAUUUUUGUCAGGUAGCAGCCGUCGCAGUGACUCCCCCUUAUUUGCUAAUCUCCAUGGCUUUGUUGGCUCUAUGUCUAGUUGCUAGACUGUUGACAUUACAUACAUACAGCAACCGAAGUUACUUAUUGUUCUGUUUGAAUCACUGCAAUAACUUCAUCGUACAUUCCUCACUGUUGCCGGAUCACUCUUCAUAUUUAGCAUCCAGAAGCGAAAGUAAGGAUGUACCACUUUAUCGAAUCGCAUUCUGUUGCUGAGAAACUUGGUGUUGCUAAGCCAUACAACAUCCAGGUUCUGUAAUCAUAGUUCUUC